UUAGCAAAGGCCACCGCCUGUGUGAUGGGUACCUGGCCAGAUCAGGUACAAUAUUUGGGCCAGCCCUUCUUUUCCUCCUGGUUCAUCAUAAGGCAGGACUUGGUGCUGCACAGCCGACCUGCCCCACACACGGUGGGCCUCGUCAGAAGUCUUCGGGUGGAGCUGGUGCAUCUAGAGCCCACUGAGGCACAGUGGGAAGAACCACCUCCAGAGCUCAAGCUCACUCCAGAGCCAGAGGAAGGGCCUGAUCCUGGGCUAGAGCCUGGUCCAGCUGUGGUAAUGCUGGAGCCAUCUGGACCACCAGCUCUGAUCCGAAUCCCAACAGCAGAGCCAGCUCCACGCCCAACAACUGACUACCGCAGGGCUGGGACCCCUAAGCACCUUAUAAGGGAGGAGAAGGUGGUCAGGAGUUCAGGACAGAACAGGACAGUGCAGAGCUCCCUGCCCUGUGCCACCUGGAGGGCUGAGGGUGAGAACAAUGAUGACAGGAAUGACACUGAGUCCUCAGGAGAACCUAAACAGCCCUCCAGGUUUGCCACUCUGCUGCACUAUGUCCGAGGAUCGGAUAAGAGGCUGCAGAAGAAGGGUGUUCCCCUGCUCGAGACAUUUAUACUAGACCUGAGGAUCCUGGACAUUAGCAAGAAGGAUAAUCUGGAGGAGCUAAAUAUCAUAAAAGAAUUAGUUCUGCUGCAGGAGGCUGCCCAGGAGUACAAAAUAGAGCCUGAGGAGGAAUUCGAGGCCUGGUUCUGGGCCCUAGAUCGGUUCAGCAAAGAAGAGAGUUACAUCUGGUCCUGCCUGCUGGAGCCACAGUCCAAGGUGGCCACGGGAAACUUCAGCUAA